AUGAGGGGCGUCCCCGGGGCGCCGUCGUUCCUAUCGCCGCUGUCCUGGACCCACGCGGGGGACGCGCUGCAUGAGCUGUCGGCGGUGUCGGAGCGCCGCUCCUCGGUAUCCGGCGCCGGGACGACCGACGACCACCGCAGCAGCAGGAUGCGCGCGAUAGCCCGGGUCAAGGCGCGCCCGCCGAAGUUCCUGACCGCCGUGCGUCGGCUGCUGAGGGGAGCACCGUCGCUGUGCCCGACGUACUCGGCCAACCCGCUGCUGAUGGACGCCGAAGCGCAAGGUGUCGGGACCGCCGACGGCGUCUGCGAGCCUUGCGACGAAGACACCCGCGAGCUGGCGAGGCGAUGGGCGCGAGACGCCACCGCGCUGAGCGACUGGAAGAGUCUACCCCCGCAGCUCGACGUGGCCCACCCCGAGGGCGGCGGCGUGCCCCGCGCGAGGGGCGCGAGGAAGCGCGAGCAGCUCAGGAACGUGUUCCUCUUCGUCGCGCCGCUGCUGAGGCGCAAACCGACGGCAAAGGUGGUGGAUUUUGGGUGCGGGGGCGGUCACCAGACCUUACCGUUGGCGUAUCAUUUCCCCGACGCGACGUUCGUGCUCGUGGACGCCAAGGCCCGAUCGCUGGAGGUGGCGGAGAGGAGAGCCGCGGCGGCGGGCCUUCGCAACGUGCGGUGCGUGCUCGGGUUCAUCGAAGAUUUUGACGAGGACUUUGACGUGGGGGUGGCGCUGCACGCGUGCGGGGGUGCGAGCGACGCGGCGAUGGACAAGUGCGUCGAGGUGAACGCGGCGUACGUCGUGGCGCCGUGCUGCGUCGGGAAGAUCGCGCGGGAAACGGGCGGCGGGGACAAAAACAAAAACAAAAACAAAAACGCAAACCCAAUCGAUGAUCGGGCGGUUGACGACGCGGGCGAGGGGAGGGCCGCCGCCGCGCCGUACCCGCGCUCGGCGCUCGCCGCGUCGGUUGUCACGACCGCUGCCUACGUGUCCAUAGCCCAGGCUGCGGAUUUCGGCGGCGAAGGUUACGACGCGUGCGGCGCCGUGUCCGGCGGUCCCGGGCCUUACGUCGACAGCAGCGAGGAGGACGAGGACGACGAACGGGACGCAUCCGGUUUCCUCGCGUCCAUCGGCGAGGACGCGGCGGUGGCGGGCGACGACGCGGGCCGUAUACCGGGCUCGAUAGGUGGUGGGGCGAUCGCGCCGAUGGAGGCGCUGGAGAGGCGAGCGGAGACGAAUCCAACCCCGGGGCUAGCCGCGUACCUUCGCGCCAAGGCGGAGAAGCGCGAGCGCCGAAAGAACCGCGCACCCCGGUCGAACCCGUCGAUGUUCGCCGAACGGGAGACGCAGAGGAGGGCGUGCAAGGCGGUGGUGGAGGCGGACAGGAACGCGUCCGCGGCGGAGCGGGGGUAUAACACGUGGCAGGUUCUGAUGGAGCCGCCGGGGUGCACUCCGAAGAACGACGUUUUGGUGGGAAUACCGUCGACGGACUCGGACUGCGCGGCUGAGUUUGGCACCGCGCUUCGAAGGAGAGGGACGCGACCGGCGGAGGCGUUCUUCCGGUCCGUGUUGGACGAGGAGUGA